CAGGACUCAGCUCCAACACGUCUUGGCAGAUGGCAAUGGCACCAUCGACUUUGAGGAACUCUGCACCCUGGAGAUCAAAAUGAGCGGCGCGCGGCCGCGCGCAGAUCUCAUCGAUUAUCGCGACUACCUCACUGAGAGGCAGAUUUCGAAACUGGAAGGCGUUUUCCUUCGCUACGACCGCCGAAACACAGGCUACAUCGGCUUGGAAAACUUCUGCUCCAUCGUGGAGAGCCUCGCGCCCUGGACGGAGAAGACCCCCGUGGAGAAGCGCGCCACAAGGGCCGACUACGAAGACGCCUUGGCGGAGGUGGACCCUGGCUGUGUUGGGAGUAUCAACUUUCAUCAACUCUGUGCUGGCUUUGCGGUGCUUACCAAAGCUCGCAAGUUGAUCAACUACCGAGAGUAUUUGCAGCAAGAUGAAGUGGUGGAGUACCGACGCAUCUUCAAACACACCACGGAGAGGAAGGGCCAGAGCGGCCUCAGCAAGUCGGAUUUGGACAAAAUCCUGCGGCGCAUGGGGGCCAAACUCUCCAAAUUGCAACUGAAGGAGUUCUUUGAAUACUUCGAUACAGACGGAUCUGGUCUGAUGGAUCUGGAUGAGUUCUGUGUGAUGAUCGUGAGGGUGAGAGCUUUGACCAAGUUUAGGGAGAUUUCGCCCGAGACGUGCAGCGCGCGCGAGCUUUGGAAGAACGAACAGUUCACCGUGCAGGAGCUGCAACAAUCUGGUUUCAGGCUGCAGGACUUGAAAGAUGCGGGUGUACCCAUCUCGUUGCUGUACCAGGAGGGCGAUUACUCUGCCUUGGAGCUGCGAAAAGCGGGCUUCGGCGCCAAGGAGUUGAAACAAGGUGGUGUGCCGUUGAUGGACCUCCGUAGCGGUGGUUUCAGCCUCAUGGACCUCCGUCUUGCAGGAUUCUCGGCCGAGGCACUGGAAGGCAUCAACCGUCGUCUCCUGGGGUCCUUCUCGGCGGGGGAUUUGUCGCUGCUGCCGCGCAUGGCGCCAAAGCCCGUGAUUUCCAAGGGCUUUGCACUCAGCAGUGCCGGCUUCAUGGUCAUGAAGACCUUGGCUGCGAGCAAUGCAGGUGCAGCGGUGGUGCCACUGCCACCGCUUCAACGGCAGAUGACACCGAUGAUCCGUGAACACACCGAUUGGAGCUCGCCCUAUGCAGCCAUGCCUUCACCUCCCAAAGGGAGCGCCGUGAAAUCCGCCAGGAGCCGCCCGAGCAGCUCCAAGGGUUUUUUGUUGGAUUCCAACGGCAAAGUCCUGCUGUGACCGCGAAAAACGCGCUCGAUGUCAAUGUCCCAUGGGCUUCGGCACUGCGCGAUGAUCCAACAAAAUGGGUCCAGUUGGAGCUACCCAAGAGUGAAAAGAUCCUCCAUGUUUCGGGGAUCCAAACCUUGAUGUUUCGAUCCGGAUGAGGGAUUUGACCGAAUUUCAGCUGAAGUUGCUAACAUUG